AAAAUGUGAAAAUUGAGCAGAUCGUUGUUGAUUUGCUCGCAAAUAUUAAUACAAAGGAAGAUGCUUUAACAUGGCUUAAUGAAUUUCAAAAAUGUUCAAAAACUACAAUGCGUUUAACACGCACUUAUCCAGUUAAAGGAGAUAAAGUUGUUUUUAGAGAGUUGCAAUAUUGCAUCCAUAGCAAUUUAGUCAAACAAAAAAAUAAUCAUCAUGAAACAAAAAAUCCAAAUGGUCUGCGAAACAGGGAUACUGGAUAUAAGGCAACUCUAAACCUUGAAUGA